UUCACACUGGGUUUGUGUGUAAAAGCUGUUUUGCAUGUAUUGAGUUUUUGUUACAUUAUUUACAGUUUCGACCAGCAGGUGCCACCACUGUGUGCCAUUUCAAGCGCUUCAAAAAGCACAUUUAUGAGGGCACACACAUACCGAAUGAGGAAGUGUUGCAUACUCUUCUAUUAGAUUUGGUUGGGACGGGCUUCAUAGAGCAGUUUUUCAACUUCAUUAUUCAGCCAGACGCUCUUCACAGACUCCAGUGGUGGAAACAAGCUCAAGCUGUAUAUAGAUUUCAUAUACAGAGCAAGAAAUUUUCAGCAAUGGGCAACAGUCUGUCAGCUCUAAAGGAACAUGGUUACUCUCUAGUGAGUCAACAGGAGAAUAAGAUCCUGGUGAAAAAUGAAGGUGGUGAUCAGUUUGUCAUUAAAAAGUUGAGCGCUAACCAGGAGGAAUCCAAGUUUCUCCUUCAUCUCAAUCACCCACACAUCGUCCACCACAAGGAAUUUAUUGAAGAUUUUGAUUGUUUGUAUCUUGUCCUGGAGCACUGUGAAGGCGGAGAUCUCGCACAGAAAAUCAAAAACAAAAGGAAUGGAAACGCCACAUUUUCUGAGAUUGAGAUUCUGGACUGGAUUGUGAAGCUCUGCAUGGCUUUAAAAUACCUGCAUGAUCAACAGAUUCUGCAUAAAAACCUGCAACCCAAGAAUAUAUUCUUCACUACAUUUGGAACCAUCCGUCUUGGAGAGUUUGGAGUGGUCCAUCAACGGUCCACUGAACAGCAAACUACAGAAAUUAAUCGUUCUUCAUAUGUUGCACCUGAGAUGUUGAAUGGCAUACCUUAUGAAGAAAAAAUUGAAAUAUGGGCACUGGGAUGCAUCAUCUAUGAGCUGUGUAUGCUGAAACGUGCGGUAAGAUUUUCCUUCCAUCAGAUUGCAAAAGACUCACAUUACCACAUAAAUUUGAGAUUAAAUCACUGGAGUCACAUGGAUUAUUUUAGCAAUGUCUUUCCUAGUGUUCUGGACCUUUAAAGGAACCGUAUGUAGGAUUGUGGCCAAAACUGGUACUGCAAUCACUUUCAAAAUACUGUAGAAUGGCGCAUC